UCUAUCAGAAUGAACGCUCGUAGCACAUCACGUUUCGUCAUAAUCUACGGAAUAUAUAAAACCUGAGACUGCAUACGCAAUUUAAAAAAAACUCUUCUCCAUUGAAAAAACACUUAUUCUAAAUUCAAAGUUGAUAUUCCACAAUUGUUUGCAUUGUUUACAAGUUUUGUAAGUAUGUUGUGAGAGUGUUUUGUAAUUGAGUGAUGAAUUAAAACUUUGUGAUUUCGUUUGGAUAAGUGAAACUUCAGAGUAUCAUUCAACGUAAACCCUAAUGGCACGAUGACCUCAUAUAGGGGCCUCUGAGAUGGCGCGUACAACAGCGGCAUGCCUUUUCACAGUACAUUUUCUUUCGUGUAUUAUUGUUUGCCGCCAAGAUAGCAGCAGUAACAAGUCUCGUGAGAAUACAGUUUCCGAGUCAUCUCGACGAUUCAGGACAGAGUUCUUAGAAGACUGGCCUCAAACCCCCGUGUCACCAUACUUUGAUCCUACCACUCCAGAUAACGUGACUGGCCUUGUUGGACAUCCGGUCACGUUGCUAUGCAAAGUGAAGAAUUUACAAAACCGGACGGUGUCAUGGGUACGUCACCGGGAUAUCCACCUGCUGACAGUGGGUCGGUACACGUACACGUCGGAUCAGCGCUUCGAGGCACAACACAAGCCCCGCUCUGAGGAGUGGGCGCUGCGGAUUAGAAGUCCGCAGCGGCGAGACUCAGGACAAUAUGAGUGUCAGAUCUCUACCACGCCGCCUGUCGGUCACGCCGUGUACCUUAAUAUAGUAGAGCCUGAAACUGAGAUUCUUGGUGGUCCGGACUUGUUCAUAUACGCUGGAUCGACAAUAAAUCUGACAUGCAUAGUCAGACAUACUCCUGAACCACCUAGUACCAUAAACUGGAGUCACAGAGGAAAGACAAUAAACUUCGAUUCUACACGUGGUGGCAUCUCCCUUGUGACAGAGAAGGGAACACAUAGCAGUAGCAGGCUCCUUGUUCAAGCAGCGAGAACUUCAGACGCCGGCGCUUAUCAGUGUGUCCCUGAUAAUGCUCUCACAGCCUCAGUUCGAGUCCACGUUUUAACUGGAGAAACACCAGCUGCCAUGCAAGGGAGUGCGCAGUGGAUGAGAUGUUUCGGUUUCCCCGCAAUUGUUAGUUUUAUCAAUAUCGGAUUGUACGUAUGUAAAUAUCUACUGUAAUCUUAAGAUUAUCAAAUAAAUGUAAAUGAAUAAUAAUUAAUUAUUAUAAUGAAUUUUAAAAUAUAAAUAUGUAAUUGAAUAAACUAUAUCAAAAUAAUAUAUUAACUGUGGAAUUUUGAUUUCUUCUUAUUUUUAUUUUUAUCCCUAAGUUUAAUUUACAACUUUAAUUAAAUUGCUUAUGACAAUUAUAUGUGACUUAUGUUUUGUUCUCAAGCGCAUAUUUAUUAUCAUAUGUCAACGUAUUAAUAUCGAGUGACAUUUGGGAAAUUAAUUAUCCCGAGCGUAAAUUAAUUCCUUUUUUGGUUGUUAAUUAAAUAAAGUAAAACUUUAUUUAAAAAAUUAUGGGAUAUCAUAUUUAUAUAUCAUAUCUUGGUAGAUAUGAUAUAUUUUAUUGUUGUUAAUUUU